AUGAACAUCGAAGAAGACAACAACGUAAACUCAGAAUCUCAAAAUCUCUCCUCGGACCUCACAACUAAACAAAGUGACAACAAAAACUUGCUUUCUUUACCCAAAACCCCCUUCAAAUCAAUCCAAAAUAACGUCAAAAUCUCAACAAUCAUCCCAAAUAUCCCUCCUGAAAAAUUAGCCAAUCCUUCAAAGAUAACUAAUGGUGCUCCUGUAAGACAAUACCUAAAUAGCAACAUAACCCCAUAUCUACUACAAGGCCUACGAAUAAUAGCUCAUGAAAAACCAAACAAUCCACUAAAAGUUUUAGGCGAAUUUCUAAUUCAAAAAGAUCUCGAAAUCAAUAACAAUAACAAUAACAGCAACCAACAAUAA